AUGAUGGAAGACAUGACCUACAUGAACAAACUCUUGAAGAAGAAGGGAUUGAACAAAAUCAUCAUGAACUCCAUCACUGCAUGCUCCGAUCUCUAUUCACAAACGCUCGAUGAUCUAGGUGACGCGAUUUUGAACUAUAAAUCGAAGAAUUUCCACGAGGUUAACCAAGAUGUUAGCGCAGCAAGCACUACUGCUGCGAGGUGUGAAGAUGGGUUUAGUGAGAGAGGAGUCAUUUCGCCAUUAACACAAAGAAAUGAUAAAAUGGGUCAACUGUCUGCUAUAGCAUUGAACAUUGUGAAUUUGUAUGCUCAAACUUGUAGAUCAGUAUCAAAAGACAAUCCAAACGUGAGCUAUAGUUUCUGCAAAACCUCCCUUCUAGCCAUUCCAGCCGCCCAGUGCAGUAACCUCCAGAAACUCAGGUUAGCAUUGAUCAACCUCAUUCAGAAAAGCGUAGUUGACACCAUGAGUGACAUCAGCAAGACGCUGAAGACGAAGAAGAAGAAGGAGCCUAAGAAGUUUUAUGAUGUUAAUCAAGUUACUAUUUCCAUUGGUAGGGCUGCUUCAAGCUGUGAAGAUGGGUUUAAAGAUGGAGGUGUGGCUUCUCCACUGCAGAAGAGGGAUGAUAGUACUAGUCAGUUGGCUGUUAUAGCACUGAAAAUUAUUGAUUUGUAUGCUAAAUCAAACUAA